AAAAUACUCCCGCCACUAACUUAUAAAGGAAGAAGACUGUUUAUCCAUCAAAUCCUUGUGCACAUCCAUCAAAGUGCAACAGUAAAAUCUACAUGGUAGCAAAAAUAUCCCCUUACUUUGAUUCAAUGGAUAAUUAGAAUGUGAUUUUUGGGAAGUGUUAUAGUGACUGUCUAAUGUGUGACGGACAUCAGUAUUUUGACCUGUAGUUGGACUUUGUAUCACUUUAUCAUUCAUCUUGAUCUUUACAAUGGAAAGACAAGGAUUGUAAAAAGUUUUAUCCAAAGAUAUCUCCAGAUGUUAUUAUUAAGGAAAAGACAACAUUCAAUACUGUUACAGUUUAAGGCAUAUUUUAUCAGGAGCUUAAGCAAUUGUCCUUCUAUAUAACACAGAAAGAAGUAUAUACUAAACCAUCAGAAUUAUACACAGAUACAGAUUUUGACCUCAAAGUUAAGUAGGGCAAUGAGUUCCCUGAGGAAGGGGGCUCCUCCUCCCAGAAUGAAAAAGAAGAAUUCUGACGCUGCUGUGAUAAGUAAUGGCAAUGGAAGUACUUCACUAUAUUAUGCAAAUGAUCCACCAGAUGAUGAAAACAUGAAUGAAAUAGCUGAUGAGAAUGUAGAAUUAACAGUACUAUUGCCAGAGGGGAAUGUCAGGGAUACAAGUGUCAACUCCAACAUUCCCAUGAUGGAUUUAUUAGUGAAUUUAGCAGCAACGAAUAAGUUAAGUCCUGCAGGAUAUACAAUUGUGGUUUUAAAUGAGGAAACGAGAAAACCAGUGGAUUAUAAACCAAACCAAACUAUUGGCUCCUUGUGUCCUAAAAAUAUUAAUGGAACCCCUAGACAUCUUACUCUUCAAUUAGCUCCUAAAAAGGGAGAUUCAGAAAAGCAACGAAAUGUUAAGAAUGCUCAGCCCUUUGAGAUGACAAAGAGAUUUACAGUCAAUCUACCUCAGAAUCAGAAGAAAGUACUACGCAUCAGUCCUAAUACACAACUAGAAGUUAUACGACAACAGAUAUGCUCAGAGAAAAAUCUAGACCCUUUUCGUUACACAUUUCAACUCCCUUCUGAUCCCCAUAACAAUCUGGAUAUGAAGUUGACUGUAGGAGAUCUGAAAUCACAGGAAAUAAACAUGACUGGUGCAGGAACUGUAAAUAGUGCCAUGUCUAUGCCAAAUCUAUCUGGGAAUCAGAGAACAGAACAGAACCUUUCUUACAUGCCUUCAGCCGGAGAAACAAAGAAAAAGAAAGGUUUCUUCUCCUUUCUUAAAAAAGACAACAGUAAAAAGUUUUCUGUGCAAAGUGUUCAAAGAGAUGCAUAUGUGGAGCAACCAGUUCCUCUCAGAGAAAAACCUAUACGAUCUACAUCUCAGGAUACUCCACCAGAACAGUCAAAUAGAAAUCCAGGUGCUAGACCAAAAACAAUGUAUGCAGUAUCUACUUCAAAUUUAGACAAAAUUUCAGAUGCCAAAAUGACAGUGCCACCAUUAGAUCUAUCAGGAUUAAAUAACAGUCAAAAUGCUAGUUCAAAGUCUAAAUCAAUGACUGCAUUAAAGGCAGAAAGUGACAAAGUUGUUGCUCCUCCUCGUAAAAAGAGGAGGGCACCACCACCCCCACAAGCUCAAAGUGUUCAAAAUACUGUUCAAGUGGAAGUUAGUGUGGAAAAACAAAAAAUGGAAAAACAUGUCAAAUCAAAACAGGAAAUCAGUGAAAUUAGACAACGAACUGAAAAUAUUUCUAAUAAAUACCACUCACGGAAUAGUUCUGAUUCAAGUGGAUAUCAUGAAUUAACAUUAAGUGGUGCAGAAUCACCUGAUGGUCCACGAAUUGAUGAACAUUUGGAAGUAGAAUUAAAUGUAGAUACAGCAUCUCUAGACAGUGGUGGUCUGUUAAAUGGUGAUAGUGGCGUAAGGGAUAUAUCUCCUUCUUCAUCACGGAGAAAAGACAUUGAUGGUGAAAUUGGUUCAAGUCAAACUUUACCAUUAGAGAGAACAAAGAAAAAGGCAGUGCCAUCCUCAACACCUAGGUCUAGUUCUCUGGAUAGAACGGGCAAAAAGAAAAAGGCCCCCCCUCCUCCACCUGGUCCUCCACCUCAGCCUCCUGUAAAAACUUCUAUUUCCUCCACUGCACCUGCUCCAAAAACAAAGAAAAAAGACGACGAUGUUGCAAUAAAUGCAGUCCUCGAUAGCUUGGACCAGGAUUUGGACGACCAAGAUACGAGCGGUGAGGGAAUGAUGAUGGUGGAAAAUUCUUCAAUCCACAGCGAGGACAUUGAUGUGGAUUCAACAUCCCAUCUACCUAGACCAUGUGCUUUUAUAGCUCCGCCUCCACCUUUAGAACCACCUCCAGAUGAUUCUGAACCUGUGGAUUAUAACAUGAUAAUUAAUGGUCGGGUGGACACUGUGGAUGUUGGUGUGGAGACAAGUGAUGACAGUAACUCGUAUGGUCCAGUAAGCACCAGAAGUUCUACAGAUUCUCCUGUCAGUAGAUUGGACAGUUUUAUUUACUGGGAAGAUAAUGUGCAUAGCCGAGCUGAGAGUCAUACCAGUAUCAGUUCUGUUAAUACCGUUGACGAUGUUAGCAUGGAUUUUGAACGAACAAUAGCUGUUUGCCAAGAGGAAGUGAUGCGGGCAGAACAAGAAACCCCUGAAUAUAAAACCGAGAUGGCACAGUUUGUGGAGAAAAUGACAGAAAUGACUGUCGAUGGUAGCAAGAAGGCUGUAGAUGAUUUUGAAGAGGAUGUAAUUUCAAAUGAAGCAGUAGCCGAUGAUGCUGUUUAUAUUUUCUCAAAAGAUACCCAGGAGGAUUCAGACGAUAUGGAUAAUAUUCCUCCCACAGAAUCAAAUCAAAGUGAAAAGGAUAAAAUCCAAAAUAUACGAAACUCAGACAGAGAAGUUGCUGAAAUUACCUAUGAUUUCAAAAUAAACACUGUUCCCCCAGAAUUCCAGUCUGGAAUGGAAGCUCCUGAUGAGGUCGAGUUUAAGGAAGAAAUCAAAGAGGUUCAGCAUGAACAGGAGGAGGAGGAAGAAGAAGAGGUUGUUAUAACAGAAACAUAUGAAAUCAUUUAUCCAUUUUCAGAACCAGAAAUUGCAGAAACUGAAGUUGAAAAGGAACAUACAGAAAUUUCAUAUGUAACCAACCAGAAACCAGAGGUCAAAAUAGAAGAAUUACAAACAAAACCAGACAAAAUACAGGAAGUUGCAAAAGUUCCUCAAAUCAUUCAAGAAGAAAAAAUUAUUCCUAAAGAACCAGAAAAACCAAAACCUAAGGAAGAGUUUGUUUUGACAUUUGAUGACCUGAGUAAAGUGGAUUUCUCAUUAAUGAGAAAAAAGAAAAAGAUUCAACCAAAACCCAAACCAACAUAUCAAAGUACUCCAGAUAAACGUCACACUGUAGCAACACUCGAUGAAAUCAAAUCUAACUUUGCCAUUAAUAAUGAUAAUGUAUUUAUAACCCCAACUAAGGGACAUAAUCUGGAAAUGGAUGAUGGCUUUAUCAUCACUGAAGCAGGUUCUGUGAGGGGACAUAAGGGGGAAGUGAAAACAAAAUGUUCUGAACUUAGCUUUUCUCCAAAUUCUGAAGGGGAAAUGGAACAUGUUUUAGAAGAGAAAUCAAUUUCUAUGAUUAAUCUCCCAGCGGUUAGGGCAACUUUAGACAGUUCCAUAGAAGACAAUAAAAGUGAAGACAAUAUAAAAGAUGACAUUGUAGUUUCAAGAACAGAAAUUGUAUUUUCUGUGAAUUCAAAUUCUACGAAACAGGAAGAGGAUUCAUCUGAUAGAAAAACUUCAGUAAGCAGCAACUUGGAAAAGUCUGUCAAUGACUCUGGUGUUGAGGCUGAACAUGAUACAAGUAUAGACCAUCAGGAGGUACUAGCCACUCAAUAUAAACAAUUACAACAACAGUUCUCAAUGUGGAAGGUACAACUAGAAGAUAACAAAAGAUUACUAUCAUCAAGUCAGGCAAUUCCUUCUGAUGAAACCACCAAACAAUUCCAACAACAAUUACAGUCACAAAUUCAACUUCAGCAACAGAUGAUUCAACAAAUGCAACAGAGUAUGGAAGCUUUAUCAUCACAACAACAGCAAGGUAGUAUGGUGGACCAGUCAUCACAAAAUAAUCUUUCGUCGCAGGACAAAUCAUCACAAAAACAAAUAUCAGUUGAUAUAGGGAAUCAUGUCAACCAAGUUAUUGAAUCGACUUCUGUGAAACAAACAUUUGUUCCUCCUCCACCUCCAGUUGCCCCUGCCUUGCCAAAUGGGAAAGCUGUUGUCGAGGUUACUUCCUCAAACGAACAAACAAAACCAAAAUCUAAAAGUAAACCUCGUAAAUAUAUAGAACCAAAACUGGACCCACGAGAGGAACUAAUGAUAGCUAUUAAAAACUUUGGUGGAAGAACUGCAAUGAAAAAGGUGCCUGUUAACAAAACCCACUGGCAUUCAGGAAUACCUUGAAUUGUCAAACAAAUGAUUAACAAAACUUCAAUGGUGCUAUAAGAAACACAAGAGUUAUCUUCUCUUCAAGAGUUGUGUCCCUUGUGUGAUCAGCUGAAUCAAAGUCAGAAAAUGUGAUAGACUGGCCAGCCAUUCAUAAACUGACGACAUUUGAAUGACAUUUAGGUUCAGAAUGUAUUGGUGUUGAUAUGAAGAGCAGAAGUAUUUUGAUAAUAUGCCUUGUUAGCCCAUGUAAAUGAAAGGGUUUUAUAUUCCAUAUAUUCUUCAUUUUGGGUAUUUUAACAAAACUCAUUAUUUACAAAAAUGAUUUUAUAGCAAUUGGAACACAAGUAUUUUGGACCUGAAAGGCAAUUGUUACUAAAUGGGAAAGAUUCAAAACUGACAUGUGCAGUUACCAAAAGUGUGCAUCUAUCGUAUUGUUAAGAGAGUGAAAUCUAUAGGAAAUUAUCUUUUAUAUUUUAUUGGGUAUCCUUAUAUAGAUAUAAAAUUAUUAAGAUAGUUGAAAGUACCUAAUGAAUAUUUAAAAAUUUUGAAAUAUAAUUAAAUUUAAGCAUUUAAUAUUCUUGUACAUUUUGAUAACAUAACUUUUUGAAACAUAUCAUUUUUAUUAACAAUGUUAGCAUUUAUACUUGUAUAUGUGUAUUAAAAAGGGAAAAUUGGGGACGACAAGUAACUGUGAUACAUCUUUAUAAACUAAUAAUUAGAAUGAUAUAAAUCUACAAAUUUUUGUUGCUCUACAACAGUCUAGGUAAAAAGCUCCAGGUUUACAAGUAUGAUUUAUAAAACUAUUUAAACAGGGUUUAUCCUUGUAUUCUGGAAUGUGACAAAAGGUUGAUGCUAAAUAUUCUUAUAAGCAUUUAUCAGUAGAAAUCAACGAGAGGCAAUGGCAGAAAAGUACCAUUUUAGAGGAAAUAUGUUCCUAAAUAUUUGUAUAAUUGAUAAAUUUCUAUAAUUUGUCUUCUAGUUUUCAUGGCCAGUAGGCUGUUUACGUGCAAUGUUUUGUUGAAUAAAGGUUGGAACUCAUAACAUAGAAAUAUUAUUAGCACACAAAAAUAAAAAUUCUAUGGGGUUCAACAAGGGUAAAUAUGACCACUGUAUCUUGUUUUAUUUGCAUGAAUAACAUUGAUAAUUGUACAUAGUUAUAAAUUAUAAAAGACUUACAUACAUUAAUACCUGUGAUACCUUGUUGAUAUUUUUAUGUAAUUGUGUAGUAUAUAUUUUAUACAGAAUAAUACUCCAGUAUUUAACAGAACAAGUGUUUAGAGUAGUUUAUUUUCUUCUUGACCAUUUUGUAUUUGUAACUGUUACAAGCUUAGUGACAAUGAAAAAACAUCAACACUUGUAAAGUUUUAUAUUCCCUAAAAUAGAGGGGCAUUAAGUAUGCCUUGUCAUCUUUCCAUUUCUUUCCUGUUCCUCUUUUUUUAUUUCAAUUCAAUUUUUUAAAGUUUUCCUUUCUUAUAUUUCUAGUAGACAUAUUUGUAUUAACCACAAUUUCAGAUUCAUAGUUUUGGGGGCCUUUUUAAAAAACAUGCUAUUUUACAUAUUGAACUAAUUUUGGAAGAUAGAUAGAUAAUUUAUGUGUCUUACUUAUUUACCACAAAAAGAAGUAGAUAAAAUGAGGAACAAAAUUGCAGUUCUGUACUAAUGCCAAAUGGUCAAGAAGCAAUAAUGAAGAUCUGGGUUGGAAGUUUUCUCAAUAGAAAUUUCGUAAUACAGCCAUUCCAAAAAAUUGUACAGGAAAAAAUUUCGUAUGUCUAUUCAGAUUCAUAUUCAAAUUAUUAUUCAUUUGUACUAUACAAAGUAUAAAAUUCCCACCUAAUAUUAUACUAUGUUAAAAUAUGGCUUUACUUUAGAAGCCAAAAGUAAUAAAAUAUUUAUAUUAAA